GCUUCCGGGCGCCGGCCCCCCGGGUCCUAGCGCCCGUCCCGGUGCGGCGCGUGGCUCAGCUGCUGGAGCCGGCUGCCGUUCGGGCUGUGGAGCCCCGCAACGAGUCCCCUCCCCAGAGGGUCUCCCAGUGGCGUUAACGGGGGGGGGGGGGCAGAGGCACAAAGUAUCCCCCAUCAUCAGCCUCAGCGCUAUUCUUUCAGUGCCUUGUUGCAUGUCCCCCUCCCCCACCAGGCAGAGAGGACCUACACUCGCCCGGGGACCAGUGCUCGACCUGCUCUUCCUUCCUCCCCCUUUUCUGUUUCUCUCCCUCCCUCCUGCCUUUUCCCUCUGCUUUCUCCCCUCUGCGUUCGCUUUGCUGCACCAGCUCCGCAUUCCACCUCCAUGGGCUUCAAAUCCCCCUACUAAAAUGAUCAGCAAUGAAAUAGUGAAUGCCGAUCUGUAAAGUGUAAGCCUCUGAAGGCUUUAGUGUCAACCCCUAGUGAAAUGGCUGAAGGAUGGGGGAGUUCCCACCUCUCGGUCAUUGUGUCAGGCUGUCUGCAGACCCAGGAAGGUCACACUGCAUUGGUUACGUUCCCUUUGUGUUUGGAAGGUUUUCUUUGCAAUUGUGAGGGCUCGAAACUUUUUAAAAUGAAAACUGAGAUUCUGCAGAACCACCAUAAACUGCGCAGGCCAUAUAAAUGCAUCAAGUAGCCUGGAUAUGGUCCCUGGGCCAGAUGUUUGGCACUAUUGUCCUAGAUAUUAUGGACUCGAUUUUCAAUAAAGUUUAGCAUGUUGGGUGCAAAAAGCUCCUUUCAAAAUCUGGCUGUGAUUAUCGCUGCUGACUGAGUGACUCUCUCCAAGUGCAUGCUGCUUUCCUUAGCUAACUGCCCCAAUGAUCCCCGGAAGACCCUACCUAGGCCCUUGAAGUUAGAUUCCUCCUACUCUCUGCCAUUCUCUGCACCCCUUCCUUUGCUUUGCAAAGGAGGAAGGAAGAUAACAGUGAUCUGCCCACAGAAGCUAACACAUGAGGGGAGAUCUCAGAUCUUUGUUCCCACCCACCUCGGACCAGCCUGGGGGUUGGGAGGUUGCUUGCUGCCUAAGAAGCAUAAAUUGUGAGGCAGAAAAAUGGGGAUCCUUCCAAUGCACAAUGAGAUCAGACCUAUUUCCAGAGUUAGAUUCUUGGUGAGGGGAAGGGUUAAGUAUUAAGUGUGUCUGGGCACAGCUUUUCUCUGUGUAAGGGAAGGCUGUGUGGGAACAGAUGUUACUGAGAAGUCAUGGCUGCAGCCAGCAUUUGGGUAAGUUGAGGUGGGCUGGAGCACCUGACCUCUGCAAUGGCAUGUGAAUUCCUGUAGUAAACAAAGCAGGUAUUUUCUUUUAUUCUAUAAUCUAAUGGGAAACAUGGGAAAUUGAUGAGAUUUUAAAACUCUUUUGUCGUGCACCCUUUCCUAGCUAUUCCCAUGAGCCCUACCUGAACCCCCUCCCCUAGCCUAUUGAUCAGGGUAUUUUCCCUUGUAUCUCCAGGGUCUUCAUAUGCCUGUGAGCUGGAGACAAGUGGGAUGACUCCUUGUCUAACGUAGGGGGAUGAAGAUUUGAACCAAGGAAACAGAAUAGACCUUUCCGUCCAUCCUGCAGGUCACAGGCCGCAUAUUCUUGCAGUCAGGGCUUGGAGCUAUGGACACUUCACAACUGUGGAUGUGAGAAGGACUUGGCGACCAGCACCAUACCCCAGUCGGCAUCCCUGAACAAUUCCCCAAUAACAUCAAUAACCAGCACUCCUGAAGCAUCUGAAGAAACGGAUCAUAAAACAGCAUUGUAACCCAGGAUAAAAUCUCGAGAUGAAUUCUGCUCUCAAAUCCACUUAGCACUCCCAUUAAAAUCAAUGGGAUGGGCAUGCAUGUAUCUGCUGAACUGGGCCUGAGGUUACUAUGGAGAAGGCCUUGAACUCUCAGUUUAUUGCAGAGCAGCAGUACAAAAUAGGACAGAGACAGAUGAAGUGGCUUGUCCAAGAUCAAACACUGGAGUCUGCUGCAGAGCAGGAAACUGAUCCUAGACCUGCUACCAUCUACCUUGCCAGUAUUGGAACCAUAGGAGGCAAUGAUGCCCACCGCACAGCAAGCAGAGCUCAUAGUACAGAGGCGAGAGGCUCUCCUCUCUCUACAGAGUAUGUUCCAGCUCCUCUCCCACUGCUGGUCAUGGCUGCAGGCAAUACAGGAACCAAUCAGGAAAGUGACCCUCCUUGUCAUUGGCCUGGACAAUACAGGGAAAACCUCCCUCAUAAUGGAGAUACAGAGAGGCUGGCCAAUAAACAGGACAAGGUUGAUGCCCUCCUCCCAUGUGAGCUGAUCGAAUGCCUGACCCUGGAGAAGCUUGUGAACGAAAACAAGUCACUGUGCCGCAUCGAGCCAUCUUCAGCAACCAAAAGUCUCCAUAAAAGCCAGUCCCGGACCAUUCUGCAGGGACUCCGCUGGCUCCUGCACACCAUUGCCAUCAACUACAGUGUCCUGAGUGCCCGGGUGCAACAAGACAGCCCUGACCAGCCAGCCCCUGGAGAGCAAGAGGCUCCCAGGAGAGCAGCGCGGACCCGCAGCCAAACACGGAGGGAGAGGGAGUUGCUGGCCAGAAGGGAGAGUUCCCAGGAAGGAAGCGCCAAGAUAGGGGAGUACAAACCACUACAGCCCAUCCAGAACAUCCUCCCACAGAAGGAGGAAGGCCCAAGGGUACCCAAGAGAAGGAAAAAGAAAGUGAAGAUGAAGAAGAAAGGGUUGGUGCAGUGUGGGAACGUGGCUGAUGAAGAGGAAGGGAAAGCUUGGGGAGGAGAGAACAGAGCAAGUGCUGCCGUUGGGCUCCUCCACAGCAACAGAGUUGGCCAGGAGAAACCACUCCCACAGGGGACAAUUCCUCUCCCGGCAGGGCAGAGCACAAAGAAGAAAAAGAAGAAAAUUAAAAAUAAAAUCAAGUCCCAGGAGUCCUCACUGGAGCCACAGAACGAAGGCAUCUCGGGUACCUUUGACUUGUAUCGAAGGGCAAUGCUGGCUCUGAAAAUGAGGCAAGAGCGGAGGAAGCAGCCUUCUGCUGUCACUUCCUGAAGAAAAGCUCCAUAUUGUUGACCGCAUAAAUGUGGUCUCCACCAGGCAUGAGGAGGUGAUGGCAGAUUGUUCUGUGCUGUUAUUGCUGGUGGUGUGAGGUUCUAUGUUCCCCUCUACCAGUGCAAUGUAUCUGUGCUCCCACUCAGAACCUCCCAAGUCCCAAAGGGUAAGUGUCCACGAGGACGUGCAGUCAGUAUCGGCUCCAGCAGUGAGAUUGUCUAACCUAAUGGAAACUCUGCUCGAGAGACAAGAUUCUCAGGGCUCGUGGGCUACAAAGGUGGAGUCUCAAGCAUGAGUCUUCAAAAUGUAAAGACCAGUUUCCUCAUCCUAGGGACUGUGGGAAUGUUUGGGAUUCACACAUGUAAGCUGAAGUGUCACACGUGUAGCGAGUUCUGCCAACAAACUGGAUGUAAACAUCUGAAUAAAAUGAAAUGGAACAUUUCUA